AUGGACGAUGAACCUACCCCUUCUGAACGUCAAGCCAUGCGAUCGUACCGAAAUGGCAGCAGCAGCAGCCGUUCCUCGAAGCGCAGCAACAGAAGGCAUGGGAUCUUCUCCAAGAAAUCAUAUCGUGACCCAGAUGUCAACGCAAAGGCAAGAAUCAGCUUCGCAUUUGGUCUCACUUUGUUGGUUGCUGUAAUCAUCUACUCGGUUCUUGCGACUACCGGCGUCGGCAGGAACACUAUGUUUCAUGUCCUCUCGAUCCUUCUGAUCUUGGCCUUGACUGGGAUCUUCAUCCAUCAGCUCAUCCGCAUGUUUAUGCUCAUGCGACGACCGAGGAGAUCAAGACAUCGGACAACGCAUGGGUCUCGACGCCGGCAUGCGACGAGACAAACUAGAGGUCAUCGUGAUGACAGAGGGAGACAAAAUCAGCAGAUUGACGAACUGGUUCUUGAAAAGCCCAUCCAGAUACACACGGCCGAGGAUACUGGUUUUGGCCCAGAUGUUGAAUGUCAAGCAGCGAUCCGACCUCCCCCGCCUGUGUAUGGUAACACUCGAACAAGCAUGAGACUGAACCCAGACUUGGUCCACUGGAAGGAAGUACAAGUACCGCCCACACCUCUAACACCCACGUACGAAGAGGCAUUGAACCAAGUACAUCAGACCGUCGGAUAUCGACCACCAAGCUACUUGUCGGAAAGUGGCAGGACUGAUGCGAUGGAGAGUCGGACUAGGGACGUUGACGCUGCUCUUGAAAAUAUCCAUCCACUGGAGCGUGAACGGUUGCGUAGGUUGACGGCUGCUGCGCUUGAGGGCCGUACCAACAGUCUGAUUUAA